GGAGGCGUGAUGACGUCACAUCAGCUCUUUCACUCACUCCCACUUGGAACAUUUGCAACAUUGCAACAUCGGCAGUCAGGUUUCCUGCAUGCAUGACUUGGACGGCGCUGAACCUCGCAUAAAUAUUUACGCGUCCUGUUCGUGUUUCAGCCCGUGUGAAUGUAAGACUUGCUCCGCAUGACUUCGCCCAUAGCCCCCAGUCGGUCCUCCGUGUCCGAGCAUCUCCAGACUUUUGCGUCUUUCUGUUUUUUCAUUGUUGGAUGAUUUGCAACAUCAGUGCUAGGAGUGUACGAGCCCGUGAGUAGGGAAGAGGUGCAUGCCCUGGGACCGGAGACCCAGUUGCCCCGCCAGCGCCAGGAGACCGCCACGGUGCAGACCCCGACGUGUGCGGCGCAUACAAAUAAUGAGUGUGGAACAAUGAGCGUAGCCCAGCGAUGCGACCGGGCCAUUAUUAUCCAGCAACGCUCCCAGAGAGGUCUGCAGCGCUUACAGAAGGGUCCGCAUAGCCAAAGGCUGGAUGGGAGCUACUGUGGCAACCGAGGCUUUAAACCUGCCAGCCAUUGCGGAGUAGCCGGACUAGAGAAGAACACGAGAUGUGGCCACAGGAUUACAACAGAUACCUGGGGGCCGUCUUGUGCGUGGCCAUCCUGCAGUUAGGGUCGCUGUCCACCGUGGUCGCCCUUGGUGCGAACAUCAUCUGUAACAGGAUCCCGGGCCUGGUGCCGCGGCAGCGCGCCAUCUGUCAGACUCGCCCCGACCUGAUCGUCGCCAUCGGCGAGGGCGCGCAGAGGGGCAUCGACGAGUGUCGCUACCAGUUCCGCCACUCCCGCUGGAACUGUACCGGCAUGGACAACGAUAACGUCUUCGGGAGGGAACUCAGGAUAGGAAGCAAGGAAGCUGCCUUUACGUACGCCAUCAGCUCGGCGGCGCUAGUGCACGCUAUCGUCACAGCCUGCAGCCAGGGUAACAUCUCUGACUGCGGCUGUGAUCGCACGAAAGAGGGCGACCUGAACGACGAGGGCUGGAAGUGGGGCGGCUGCUCCGCCGACGUCAAGUACGGGCUCCGCUUCUGCAAGAAGUUCGUGGACGCCCGGGAGGUGGAGCAGAACGCGCGGGCCCUGAUGAACCUCCACAACAAUGAGGCUGGUAGGAAGGUGAUUGACCAGCACACCCGUCUGGAGUGUAAGUGCCACGGUGUCUCAGGCUCCUGCACCAUGAAGACAUGUUGGAUUACUCUCCCACGGUUCCGAGAAGUCGGCAACAUCCUGAAGGAGAAGUACCACCACGAUGCCCAGCUCGUGGAGGCCGUUCGCGCCAGGCGUACGCGAAGACCGACGUUUCUGAAACUGAAAAAUUCUCGGACCUUCGAGAAACCUCGCGAGAUUUCCCUGGUGUACCUGCGCGGGUCACCGAACUAUUGCGAGCGUGACGAGGCAACAGGGUCGCUCGGGACACACGGACGGAGGUGCAACCGGACCAGCCCGUACCAGGACGGGUGUGACCUGAUGUGCUGCGGGAGGGGCUACAACACGCACCAGUUCGUCAAGACGUGGCAAUGUAACUGUAAGUUCCACUGGUGCUGUUACGUCAAGUGUAACCAGUGCAGUGAGCGGACCGAGGAGUACACCUGCAAAUAAUCACGACCAUGACGUUGCAAAUGAUUUGACCAAACUGGCGUCAUAGAUUAUUGGUCACCUUCACAGAACAAUCAUGAUAUGUUGACAAGAAAGUUGGACUUGAUCGCCCAAAGUUCCUAUAGUGUACAGUGAAGCGACAAUAUGGAUGUAAUAUAGCUUCCUACUGAUGGACGUACUUCCAGUGGUAAGAAUGAACUCGUAUUUCUGUGAGGCUGAAUCCAAUGGAUAUUAUUUUGUAUAUAAAAGAAGAUGUUGUGCAGUUCCGUAGGGUCAAGCGUCAAGAGUCUCGACGUUCGAAGUGAAUCUGUUUCGUGCGACUCGUUGAAGCAAUUCUCCUUUGUAGGUAUAGGAAUAGUUAAAUUAGCUCUAUUAAGCCACAGUGAGAAAGAAAACAGCCCCUUACCAGAUGAAUAAAUUUUGAUCUGUGUUGUUUAA